AAAACAGAAAACAGAGCUGCAUGGAUUCCCUCCGACGGAAUCAGGAAGCCUGAGUGGUGUAUUGCCUGCGCUGUCAGAGAGCAGGGAAAAGGAAGCAAGAGACACACCGGAUUUACGAGAGCCAGGGGCUCCUGCAGCCUCCAGGAUGUCUCCUGACUCACAAGGCAAGGCUACUGAACAGAAAAGGCUACUGUAUUUAUCUCAUUUUCUUCCCUUGGGGCUCAAACAAAUCACCAAUACACCUGAGAAUCAGGACAUUCUGUUUACCAUGCCUUACCCAGGAUAAGUUGUCUAUUAUAACAUGGAGGGGGAAAGAGGAAGACUGAAUCCUUCCAAGCUUGACCAAAUUGUGCAGAUUUGGCACCCACUGCCCUAAUGAUAUCUUACCAUCCAAAGCAGAUGCAGAAGUGAAGGAAUGAGGGCAUGAAUACAGCAGGAGUGCCUGCCUUCACCAGUAGCCAUGUUACAUCAAGGCUGGCAGCUCUAUGGGAGAUGGUGCCGUUGGUCCAGCCCUUUCAUCCAUCUCCUCACACUGACUGUUGUGACAUUUGGUGUGCUGGCUCCUCUGAUUUGCCAGCGGCUCCUCCACUCCUAUUUCUACUUGCGGCACUGGCACCUGAAUCCCAUGAGCCAAGAGUUCCUGGAACAGAACCGACAAGAGGGCCAUGCUGCCCUCCGUUAUUUCAAGGAACUGCAGAGAGUAAACACUUCUGAGGUAUCUGGCAGUGAGGUCUUCCAGCCCUUGCUGCUGGUCACCAUCAUUACUGUGCAGAGACGGAGUGAUUUCCACUAUGUCCUGCAAGUGGCCUCUCGCUUCCAUCAUCUCCUCCAGCAAUGUGGCGUAAACUGCCAAAGCCACCGUAUCCUCCUCUGUAAUGUGGAGCCAGACCCCAAUAGCCAUCAGGAUGUCAGGCUGCUUAGCAGUUUCUUUCCUAUGGUUAGUCGUGACAAAAACAAGGAGGACUCUGACCCUAGAAUUAACCAGUUUGAGAAGGAGAAGCAGGACUAUGUCUUCUGCCUUGAGCAGUCACUGUUGGUCUACAAUCCAGAAUACAUCCUGAUAGUGGAAGAUGACGCUGUGCCAGAGGAAGAAAUAUUCCCUGUUUUGCAGCACCUCUUACUGGCCCGGUUUUCCAAGCCAUACCUCAGAGACGCACUCUACUUCAAGCUUUACCACCCUGAGAGGCUUCAACGCUAUUUCAACCCUGAGCCCAUGAGAAUUCUGGAGUGGCUAGGUUUGGGAAUGUUUCUAGGGCCAAUGCUGAACUGUGUCUACUCCUGGGUAACUGGCCGCCCAAGCCUUAGCUGGUCAAUUGUCUUGUUCUUUGCUUUGUACAGUAUGGCUUUGUCAGAGCUGGUGGGACGCCAUUACAUGCUGGAGCUGCGUCGACUGGCUCCCACACUCUAUAAUAUUGUGCCCGUCACUGAAUGCUGCACACCAGCCAUGCUGUUCUCUGCUUCUUCUGCCCACCGUGCCUUAAGUUACCUGAAGGGGCUUCACUGCCGCCAGGGUUUUGCUAAGGAUAUUGCGCUCUACUCACUGCUACGAACUAAGGGGGAAAAUGCUUACGUGGUGGAACCCAAUCUAGUCCGGCAUGUAGGCUUGUAUUCCAGUCUUCGGUUAAAUGACAACCCGAAACUGUUGUGAUCUGUCCAUGCCCUUCUAGACACAAGGCUAGGAGAACUUUGGUGCUGGGCAGAGAGACAGCGUAUGAAUUCUGAUGAUGUGCCACUCAUACAGAAUGUGCUAUGCCUUCAAGUGAAAUUCUCUUUAAAAAAAAAGUUUGUUAAAAAAUAAAUUUGUGUAUGUCCAGGUCCUAUUUAAUAAAUACCUUGAAUUAAUCACCACACACUCUGUGGGAGGGAAGUGGGGGCUUUCAGCUGAAGGUUUGGAUUAUCUACUCUACUUAAUCAUUCUAAGAAAAGAGCUCCUGCAAAGAUAUAAAGAGAUGCACGGCCUACUUUCCUUAACAGUAGUAACAGAAAUCCUCACCUUAAGGCAACAGAAAUGCCAGACAAAGUGAAUGCUUCAAACAUAAGCCAGUGAGGAGGAAAAGCCUUUAUUUUCCUGUCCUUGACAAGUUUUGUUCUCUGAAUUUCUCAAUUUCAAAGGCACAUUUUUGAGCAGACCUUUCAAAAGCAGCACCUGUGUAAUAAGACCUUUCCCUCACAUUUCACACAGAUUCUCCAAAUUUUACUGAUCUUCUCUUUGUUAUUGCUUACUCCUACAGAUCCUAGCUGGAUCUCCACUUUUCCCACUCCUCUUUUUUGGAAUAGAGGCUCUUAAAAAACAAAGCUUCUGCUGGUUCAGUAAAGGUCACUUCUGAAGACAGAAAUGGUAAACAGAUCAACAGUCUUUAAUGUUACACAGCCAGGCCACAAAUGCAUGUUUUCAUUAAUACAUUUCUAGAUAUCCUAAACAACACAGGGGAACUACCAUGGCAGUAUCACCAUUACUCUUAGUUGACAUAGAUCCUUAAAAUAGGCCUUACAAGUUGCUAAUUUGACUCUGAUUUCCUAUCAGCACAGAAGAAUAGGAAAGAUUUCAUCAGGGUGCUGCCAUUGUGCAGGAUCCUUCUUUCAUAACCAUAAUUCACAGCUCUGGCUAGCAGUUCAUUUGAUGUUUCUAGCACCAAACACAAUGGCCCUGAGAAACAAAGCUGGCUGUUCAUUAGAACAAGCAACAAUAACACAAUAUAAGAUGGAUCACUCCUACAUGGAUCCUUUAACUUAGUGUAUUCCGGUUGUUAGGCAUUCAGGAUUGGUACUUUGCAGCACAGCUGUAUGCACAGCUGUAUGCACAGCUAAACACAAAAAAUCUGGAGAGUAUGUACAUAGAUACCUCUUAAAGAAUCAAAACUGCUACCAAAAUGUUUAUGUCUAAUGUUUUUAUUAGACUACCUUGACCUUCAUGGGCUUUGAAUCAUCUCCACUUAUAGAUGGGGAUUGGUUGAACUAUAUUUGAAACCAUUUCUCUAGUUUCAGAAAAAAACAAGUUUCACUGAGUUUUGGUUGGGGAUUUCUUUGUGUCUUUGUUUCUCAUAAGGAAAGAGCUCUAUCUUCUAUUCUCCAUUCUCUCCUAGGUGAUUUAAGCCUUAAACUAAUAACAAGUCCAGUCAGAGAUGGAAAGAGUUAGAACUCUUGAGAGAUGAAACUAAAGAAAGUAAUUGCAAACCUCUAGCUGUCUGCCCAUGAUUGGUAUCCAGCCUGUACAAAUAAGCAAUAUACUUGCAUAAUGCAAGUUAGCCAAUUAUAAAUGAGUUCACAGCAUGGUGAACCUGUUGCAUGCUUAGGUAAGUGAACUUCACCCUCUCACUAGCUCAGCUAGGUACUUUGAUAGCAUCUCGGGAAAUUAGAUGUGAGAAGACUGCCUUGCUUGUGGAUUCUGUCCUUUAAAGAGCAAAAUCCAGGAAAUAUACCAUUUAUUCUUACCUGCUGAAAACCUCAAAGAUACCACAGAAUGAUAACACAGAAACAUCAGCGGCAGGUGGGCAAACCAAUUUUCAGUUUGUACUGUAACAUAGUAAAAUGGCAGGAUCUGGGUGUCAUCGUAUAUUUAUUCCACUAAGUGCCUGUGCAUGUGAGGAAAUACAAUUUGUUUGUUUAUCCUUCUUUAAUUGCUGAAUGUUUCAGUGUGGUGUAUUAAAAAAAAAAUUUGUACUGUAUAAGUUUAGAAGAACAUUCUGUUGUUUUCAUGAGUAUCCACUCAUUCUCAUUUUUGCAAAGAAAAUCUCACAGAAGUGUGCAAUAAACUACUCACUUUAUAAGAAUGAAAUAAAGAGGAAAGCUUAGGAAAAAAAGCAAUCAAUUGACAACAUGCAAUUAAUAAAUGUUUUGAUGUGGGAAAUGAGUUAA